AUGGGGCCUGUGCUACGGUCUGGCCAGUGGGAACCCAGAGGCAGGACAGAGUGGACUCGAAGCCGGAAGCUGAGGAGGAGGAAGCCUGAACUGAGGCCAAGGCCAUCAGAGGUGGGACUCUCUGAAGGGUCACCUCACCCUCCUCCAAGAAGUCUUCCUGGCUGCCUUCCCCACGGGUUUGCUACCACCACGUUUCCACUGGGACUCCUUUCCCGCCAUCUUCACCUCGCGUGUGGGGAGAGCAGAGUCAGAUGGGACCAGCUGACGAGGACCAGUGGGGUGGGGGUGGCUGGCUCUGCCACUAGAUUGGGGGUGGGGGCACCUCCCUCUGGGUCUGGCUUCCUUCCCCGCCCAGGAAGCUACCAGUCCUGUCGGACUUGUCGACCUGGGAGGCACAGGUGCAGGUCCUGGAGUCUGGCUGCAGUGUCCUCACAGGUGCGGCCAGCACCAUGGACACCUCACGGGCUCUGCUGCUCUUCCUGCUCCUGGGUAAGUCCCCUGCGCAGCCCCUUCCCCACCAGUCCGCCUCUUGGCAGCUCCCCAACGCCCUCCCCUCCUCUUCUUGCAGCCUCCGGAGCAGGGGUCAUCACCCACAGAGCCUCUUCUGGAGUUCAGCAAACCAAUUUCUCCUUGGACUCAGAAAGCUCUUUCCAGGGCCCAGGUUCGAAAGUCUCCUCCAUGAAACCCCCCGACUGGAAAUUUCCAGAGCAGUCUCCAGGUUCAAAAACCACUGCUGCUAUCCCUCAUUCCAAACGGUUUCCUGAGGUCUCAAAUUUUAACGACGUGCCUAGGUCAAACGUUUCUGCUGAGGGCCAAAAGUUGAGCCCGGAUCCUCCUACCGUCCCUGAGGUCCCUGGUUCCGAAGUAUUUUCUGAUAUCUUGGGUUCUCAAGUUCCUGCCGAAAACUCAGAGCCGUCCUCGGUUAAGACCCCAGCUUCAAACAUUUCUGCUCAGGCCCUGGAGACUGAAGUUGAGACCCCAGGUUCACAAUUCUCCCCUAAGGAUCAGGACCUUAAAAUAUCUGCCCAGAACCCCGAAUCCAAAGUAACUGCAGUAGCCCACCCAGUGGAAAGCUUCCCCCAGCAGGUGGGGAGGCCUCUGUCGGUACUAGUGGGGACCACCAUCCAGCUCCCUCUGGUUCCAGUUCCCAGCCUUGGCCCUCCUGCGCCUCUGGUGGUCUGGCGCCGAGGCUCCAAGGUGCUGGCAGCUGGAGGCCUGGGGCCGGGGGCCCCCCUGAUCAGCUUGGAUCCUGCUCACCGGGACCGCUUACAGUUUGACCAGGCCCAGGGGAGCCUGGAACUUGCCUCUGCCCAGCUGGAGGAUGCUGGGGUCUACACUGCUGAGGUCAUUCGGGCUGGGGUCUCCCGGCAGAUUCGGGAGUUCAUGGUGGGUGUAUAUGAGCCCGUGCCCCAGCUGUCUGUGCAGCCCGAGGCCCCGGAGAUAGAGGAGGGGGCGGCCGAACUCCGGCUGCGCUGCAGAGGGUGGGGGCCGGGUCGCGGGGAGCUGAGCUGGAGCCGGGACGGACGCACCCUGGAGGCAGCGGACCCUGAGGGAGCGGAGCCACCGCGGAUCCGCACAGAGGGCGACCAGCUGCUCAUCGGGCACCCUGUGCGAAGCGACCACGCCCGGUACACUUGUCGCGUCCGCAGCCCCUUCGGCCACGCUGAGGCUGCGGCCGACGUCAGUGUCUUCUACGGCCCGGAUCCUCCGGUCAUCAAGGUCUCCUCGGACCGCGACGCCACCCCCGCCCUCUAUGUCACCAAGGGCAGUAACGUGACCCUGCGCUGCUCCGCCGCCUCGCGGCCGCCCGCAGACAUCGCGUGGAGCCUGGCCGACCCGACGGAGGCCGCCGUGCCCGCCGGCCCGCGUCUCCUGCUGCCCGCGGUCGGGCCGGGCCACGCCGGCGCCUACGCCUGCCUCGCCGCGAACCCGCGCACAGGCCGCCGCCGCCGCUCUCUGCUCAACCUCACCGUGGCAGAUCUGCCUCCGGGGUCCCCACAGUGCUCAGUGGAAGGCGGUCCAGGGGACCGCAGCCUCCGCUUCCGCUGCUCGUGGCCCGGCGGGGUCCCCGCGGCCUCCCUACAGUUCCAGGGUCUCCCUGAAGGCGUCCGCGCGGGGCCGGCGCCCUCUGCGCUCCAGGCGGCUGUCCCCGCUCACCCCCGGCUCAGCGGCGUCCCCGUCACCUGCCUCGCUCACCACCUGGUGACCACGCGCACCUGCACGGUUACCCCGGAGGCCCCUCGGGAGGUGCUGCUUCGUCCUGCGGUGGAGGAAACACGGUCGGGGGAGGCAGAGGUGGCGCUGGAGGUCACUGGCUGUCCUCCACCAUCCAGAGCAUCUUGGGCCCGGGAAGGGCGGCCCGUGGCCCCAGGAGGAGGGGGUCGCCUGCGGCUCAGCCCAGAUGGGCGCAGGCUCCUCAUUAGCAACUUCAGCCUGGAUUGGGACCUGGGAAAUUACUCCGUGUUGUGCAGCGGGGCACUGGGUGCCGGGGGCAACCAGAUCACCCUCAUUGGACCUUCCAUCUCCUCGUGGAGGCUGCAGAGAACCCGGGAUGCAGCAGUGCUGACUUGGGAUGUGGAACGCGGGGCCCUGAUCAGUGGUUUUGAGGUCCAGGCACGACCAGAAGGCCCCAACCUGGGUAGAGCCACCACCUACAGGGACUGGAUCACCCUGCUCACCCUGGAGCCUCAGGAGCGGUCAGCUGUGGUGCCCCUUCCCCAUCGGAACCCUGAGACCUGGGCCUUCCGUAUCCUGCCCACCCUGGGGGGCCAGCCAGGGACCCCAUCACAAAGCCAAGUCUACCAGGCCCGCCCCACCCUGAGCCCAGGGGCCAUUGCUGGCAUCGUCCUGGGUUCCCUACUGGGCCUGGCGCUCCUGGCAGCACUUCUCUACCUGUGCAUCUGCUGCCUGUGCAGCUUUAGGGGAGACUCUCUGAAGAAAAAGAAGCAUCCCCCCUCUUUGCCACCUGUGGUUCCCCCACUGGAAAAGAAGAUGCAGAGUGUAACCCCAGUGCAGACCCCACUGCCUCUGCCCCUCAAAGUCCCGCUGGAGGACCCUAGCCCAAACAAGGCUCACCAGGCCACUGGCCCCAGUCCAGUCAUCUCUCUGGGUGGGGGCCCAAGGACUGUUCGGGCAGCCACACAGGUGUGACCUGCUUUGCACAGGAGUUUUUGGGUAGGACUUCCUGGUAGGCAGGGCCAUCCUGUCCUGCUGUGACUAAAGACUGGACCCUGAAAGUGGGACUUCCUGUCUCCUUCUCAGUGCAGAAGACUCCACAUGUAUUUGCACAACCAAGCCGCUGUGGCUCCUGGGCUGGGAGAGACCCCCGCUGAUCUACCAGUGUGGUUUGCACACCCUCUAGGCAAGCGAGGGGCCUUCCUACGUCCACUUGCUCCUCCAGGCCACCCCCAUGCAGCUCCCAGGGUCUUUGUCUUUUUUUGUUUUUUAAUGUUUACUUUUGAGAGAGAGCGUGUACAAGUGGGGGUGGGGUAGAGAGAGAAGGAGGCAGGGUCCCAAGCGGGCUCCACACCAACAGCAGAGACCCCAACGCAGGGCUCAAACUCAUGAACCGUGAGAUCGUGACCUGAGCUGAAGUCAGACACUGAACUGACUGAGCCCGCUAAGGCGUCCCCAGAGUCUUCAUCUUAAAACAGCUCAGACUGUGUCCUUUUCUCUUUAAACCCUUCCGUGGCUGCCCUUUGCCCUUCAGAAAUCUUCCUGCAUCCUCACUGUGAUUUUCAAAGCCUUAUGGUUUGGCCUCUUGGCCUCUGACCACCCCCUCCUGCACUUUCACCCCUGCUCCUUGAUUAACACAAGGCUUUUUUUUUUCACCAGAUGCUGGAUUUGGCCUCCAGGGCUUUGCCCCAGAGGUUGCUCUGCUUGAAAUACCACUUUUUGCCCUGUGCCAUCCACCUCAGUGAUUUAUAGGAAAUAUAUAUUUGGUCAUUCAGAUGACCAAAAUAUGUUUUGCAGAUAUAUCUGGUCUUGAUCCACGGUUUCUGAAAAUGAUUCAGAGCCAUAAAAGCAAAAUAUCCAUUUCUUGCUAUUAAUGAAGGUGACUUUUGGAUGCCCCCAAAGGCGGGGCUGGUUGCCUGGAGGGUAAAACCUGCAAAUGGGGGAUCUGGAACUUUCAGACCCAUCUCCAGGAGGGGGAAGGACUGGAGGUUGAAUCAGCCAAUGGCCAGUGACUUAGUCAAUCAUAAUUAUAUAAUGAAGCCUCCAUGAAAACCCAUAGGAACAGUGCUUUGGUCCAUUUUGGGAGAGCUUCCACUCUUGGUGAACCAGAGUGCUCCCACAUACCACUAAGCUGGACUCCAAGAUCCACAGGGACAGAAGUUCCUUUGUUUGGGAGCUUGCCCUGUGUAUCUCUUUGUCUGGCUGUUGAUUCCUGUCCUUUAUCGUAUCUUUUAAUAAACUGAUCAA